AUGUUGUGUACAGAUGUACUUUCUAGAGGUAUCGAUGUUGACAAUAUUGAUUGGGUUGUGCAGUUUGAUGUACCAAAACAAACAAGCUGGUUUGUCCAUCGCGCUGGUCGGAGCGCAAGGUGUGGUAAAGUGGGGAAUAAUGUGUUGUUCCUUACACCAGAAGAAACGGCUUACAUCGAAUUUAUUGAAAAGUACGAGAAAGUUUCGCUGACUGAAAUGAAAGCUGAUCUAAAGGAAGAUGAUGAAGCGGAACAAAUAAGGCAGCAGAUCAUUAAGAUGGCUUCAAAAGAGCGAGAAAUCCUGGAAUGUGGUACUCGAGCAUUUAUGUCAUUCGUUGAAUCCUAUGUGCGUCACGAUUGCAACGUUGUGUGUUCAUCUAAGGACUUGGAUGUUGUUGGUUAUGGCCAUGCUUAUGGAUUGCUACGUCUCCCGCGCAUGAAAGAAUUUCAUCAUAGCGAUUUGAGUGAUUUUAAACGCUCUGAUUUAAAUACUUCAGAAAUACCGUAUAAAAAUGCAGAAAAGGAGAAGCGAAGGCAAGAAAAGUUACUGCUUCUGAAGACUGAAAAUAAAGAACUGAAAAAGGAAGGCAGACCUCAGAAAAAAAAGUUAGGUGCCAAACAAACCUCCCAAAAAAAUUCUGCGAAGAAGCGACGGCAUAGCGAAACCAAGGAGAACAUAGAUGAUUUCGGUUCAGACUUCGCAUUACUGAAGAAAUUAAAAAAAGGAAGAUUGAAAAAGAAGGAGUACGAUGAACUAAUGGCGGAUAAUUCCUACUGA